GUCGUUGUUGUGAUAGUUGAGUUGUUGCUGUUGUUGCUGUUGCUGAUGCUGGUUCAUCAUACUGUAUCCAUAUCCAGGCAUCUCCAUGGUGCUGGCGGUGGUGGGCGUGGUGGGCGCAACCAGGUGUGGUAGUGGUCCAGAUUGGAAAUGGGUCAGCAUCAUUUUCUCCCCGCGGCCAAUUUUCGCCUUCGAACCUCCUCUUUCUCCGUCUUUUAACCCUCCUCCAGACCGCAACUGACGUUUGAAACUUCCGUCUCUCUCCCCCGCACGACCGGUACCACAGAUACCUAGCUGCAGGGUAUUGGAUACCCGUGAUACCUUAGUGUAGAGGCUCCGGGUGACCUGGGUGAUUUGCGCCAAUCACCUUGCGUUGAGCUUCCUGAUUGAGAUUGGGUUGGCGAGAGAUAGCAGCCGGUCCUAAGCGGUAGGUUCUAGAUUGUCAGAUCUGUUGCCGCGACAAAGGUGGUGUUUAAUUUAGCUACUAGCGCUGCGACUAGGCUCUUGGGUUUCGCUGGCCGACUUUUGGUGGGAGACAGACGAAACUCGGUAAAGAAUGAAGAGUCUUGUGACAAACAGGUUGGGAUUGUCGUUGCGCUGGUUCUCUGCGUAUGGGCCUGGAACCAGCGGGAGCAGGAGCUGCAGUGGCACGAGACUGCCCCCAGCCUUUAAGGGCUUGAGUCAUUGCUCACGAACCUUCCACAAGUAUCGCGGCAGGACUAUUACUAGGCCGAUCCCGCCCUCCUCGCUCGAGAAUCUUCGAGCAGUCACCACGCCCUGCAAGUCCACGAAGCCGCUCACCACCUGCACCCCGACAACACCGACGGCCACCACGACCCGCACACGCACACGCACCACGCUCACUACGGCGAAUUCCUCCACUUUCCCGGCCCUUGAGCGCGUUUCGACCGGAUCCGCGUUUUCCUCCUCGCGGCUCUUUUCUUCUUCUUCGUCGUCGUCACUUGUUCAGUCUUCAACUCUGCCCGUCAUGGCUUCUGAUUCUCAGUGGACUGGUGUCCAGGUCCGCAAGACCUUUUUGGACUUUUUUGCAGAGCGGGGUCACAAUGUCGUCCCCUCGUCGUCGGUCGUCCCUCACAAUGACCCCACAUUGCUAUUCACAAAUGCGGGCAUGAAUCAGUUCAAGCCCAUCUUCCUGGGCACCAUUGGCAAGACGGAGGAUAUGGCCCAGCUGAAGCGUGCGGUUGACACACAAAAGUGCAUUCGCGCGGGUGGCAAACACAAUGAUCUCGACGAUGUCGGCAAGGACAGCUACCACCACACUUUCUUUGAGAUGUUGGGCAACUGGUCUUUUGGCGAUUACUUUAAGAAGGAGGCCAUUGCGUGGUCUUGGGAGCUUCUGACAAAGGUCUAUGGGCUGGACCCUCAGAGACUUUAUGUCACAUACUUCGAGGGCAGCCCAGACCUUGGUCUCGAGCCGGAUCUCGAGGCCAAGAACCUCUGGCUCGAGGUUGGUGUUCCCGAGGACCACAUUAUCCCCGGUAACAUGAAGGACAACUUCUGGGAGAUGGGUGACCAGGGCCCUUGUGGUCCUUGCAGCGAAAUCCACUACGACAAGGUUGGAGGCGGCCGGAAUGCCGCCCACCUCGUCAAUAUGGACGACCCCUUGGUGGUUGAAGUCUGGAACAUUGUCUUCAUCCAGUUCGACAGACAGGCCGACAAGUCUCUCAAGUCUCUCCCUGCGAAGCACAUCGAUACCGGUAUGGGCUUCGAGAGACUGGUAUCUGCCCUCCAGGACAAAACCUCCAACUACGCCACCGAUAUCUUCACUCCUCUUUUCACCAAGAUCCAGGAAGUUACCGGUGCCAGGGAAUACACCGACAAGUAUGGCAAGGACGACGUCGAUGGUAUCGAUACCGCCUACCGUGUUAUUGCCGACCAUAUCCGUCUUCUUUCUUUCGCCAUUGCCGACGGCGCUGCUCCCAACAACGUCGGACGCGGCUAUGUCGUUCGCCGUGUCCUCCGCAGAGGUGUCCGCUAUGCCAGGAAGUACUUCAACGCUGAGAUUGGUACCUUCUUCUCCAAGAUCCUCCCCGCCUUGGUGGAGCAGAUGGGCGAGCAGUUCCCUGAGCUUGUGAAGAAGCAGACCGACAUCAAGGAGAUCCUUGACGAGGAGGAGGUUGCUUUCGCUGUCACCCUUGACCGAGGUGAGAAGCAGUUCGAGAAGUACGCUGCUCUUGCCAUCAAGAGCGGUGAGAAGAAGCUUUCCGGUGCCGAUGUCUGGAGACUUUACGACACAUUCGGUUUCCCGGAGGAUCUUACCAAGCUUAUGGCUGAGGAGCGUGGCCUUACCAUCGAUGAGGCUGAGGUUAACGAGGCCCGCGAGAAGGCCAGAGAGGCUUCCAAGGCCGUCAAGGAGGCUGUCCAGGAAUUCGCCAAGCUCAACGUUCACCAGAUCGCUGAGCUCGAGACUGCUCUUAACAUUCCCCGCCCCAACUCAGAUGCCAAGUUCCUUAAGGGUGAUACCAAGGGCAAGGUCCAGCUGAUCUUCAACGGCAAGGAGUUCCUUAAGUCCAGCAAGGAUCUUCCUGCCAAGACCCCACUUGGUCUCCUGCUCGACAACACCAACUUCUACGCCGAGUCCGGUGGUCAGGUCGCCGAUACCGGCCGCAUCAUUAUUGAUGGCGUUGCCGAGUUCAAGGUCCUUGACGUUCAGGAGUAUGGUGGUUACAUUGUCCACAACGGUUUCCUCGAGUACGGUGAACUUACCGAGGGUGAUGAGGUCGUUUGUGAAUACGACGAGCUUCGCCGUCAGCCUAUCCGCAACAACCACACUGGUACUCACAUCCUGAACCACUCUCUGCGUGAGGUUCUUGGUGACGAGAUCAACCAGAAGGGCUCGCUGGUCGACCAGGACAAGCUCCGUUUCGAUUUCAGCCACAAGGCUGCUAUUUCUCUGGAGGACAUCAAAAAGAUUGAGGAUCUGUCCAACCACUACAUUCGUCAGAACCUCAAGGCCUACUCCAAGGAUGUCGAUCUCGACCUUGCUCGCGAGAUCGAGGGUGUCCGUGCCGUCUUCGGCGAGACCUACCCCAACCCCGUUCGCGUCGUCUCUAUCGGCAUGGAGGUUGACGAGCUGCUCAAGAACCCAAAGAACCCCGAGUGGCGCAAGAUCAGCGUCGAGUUCUGCGGCGGUACUCACGUCGAAAACACCGGUCUGAUUAAGGACCUGAUCAUUGUCGAGGAGAGCGGCAUUGCCAAGGGCAUCCGCCGUAUCGUCGCCUACACCGGCGAGGGUGCCCACCAGGCCCAGCGCGAGGCUCAGGUCUUCAACGAGAAGCUCAACCAUAUCAAUGCCCUCGCCUACGGCCCACAGAAGGCUGCCGAGAUCAAGGCCGCCGCCGUCGAGCUUGACGGUCUCACCAUCUCCGUCCUUACCAAGGAGGAGCUCCGCACCCGCUUUACGAAGAUUCAGAAAGAGGUCGUCGACGAGCAGAAGAAGCGCCAGAAAGCUGAGAGCAAGACUGCCCUCGACACCGUCGCCAGCCACUUCCAGAAGGACGAAAACAAGGAGUCCAAGGUGUUCGUUGGCCACCUUCCCAUCUCCGCUAACGCCAAGGCCAUCUCGGACGUUAUCACCUACUACAAGACUAAGGACAAGGAGAGGUCCGUCUACGUCUUUGCUGGUAGCAAGGACGACCAAGUUAUGCAUGGUGUUUAUGUCGGCACUGCCCUCUCUUCCAAGGGUGUUACCGCCGAGCAGUGGACAUCGGCCGUCAGCGCCGUCAUCGGAGGCAAGACUGGAGGCAAGGAGCCCAGUCGCCAAGGUGCCGGUGCCGAGCCCGAGAAACUCGAAGAGGCCGUCAAGAAGGCUGAGGAGUGGCUCUCUGAGAAGCUCAAAGAUCUUAGCAUCUGAGAAAAGAAAAUAAAGAGCGAUGUGUUGGAGUAGCAUCAAGUGAUAUUGUCUUGUGUCGUCUCCCCGUUUCGUUGAUAUCCAGAAAAGAGUCCGUCCUUUCACUUGGCUCUAUACAUGACAACCAAGUUGUGUAUUUCUUAGCAGUCUAGAAUGGGUGUUGGAGCAAGCGAUGACAUGGAUCGAAAAAAAAGAUAAACAAAUGAAAAAUAAAAACCAAAGAAUGUGAAAAGGACGUAGACAACGUCAGUUGUAAGUAUAGGUCGGUCAUCUUCCUCUUCAUGACAGGGACUUGCGGGACACACACACACAGCACGUUAACAGGUGUCAUAGUCUUAUUUGGGCAAAUAGGGAGCUACCUAAGCGGGAUAAGAACGUGGGCAAAAGAAUGCAAGUCUCCAACUUUACAGCUCUCAAUUGAAAUAAAUCAUACACAAUCAAUGUACAAGGGCCUGCUUUCCCACUUUUUUCAUACAUAGAUGAUAAGAUGUCUUCGAAACCUG